UCUCAUCUCUCAUCUCUCUCUCUCACUCAAAACAUUUAUUUUAUCUUCUUCUCAUCUCAUCUCUCUCUUUGUCUCUCUCUCUCUCUUUCACUAUGAAGAGUUUCAACACAGAUCAAGAACGCAACCACUCCACGGCGGAGUCCGGCGAUGGUUACAACAUCUCUGACCCGACAAAGAACGUCGAUGAAGACGGUCGGGAGAAGCGUACGGGGACUUGGCUUACGGCUAGUGCUCAUAUUAUUACAGCGGUUAUAGGGUCAGGAGUGUUGUCUUUGGCAUGGGCAAUAGCUCAGCUUGGUUGGAUCGCAGGGACUACGAUUUUGCUUAUCUUCUCGUUCAUCACUUAUUUCACUUCGACCAUGCUUGCUGAUUGUUACCGUGCUCCGGAUCCUGUCACCGGUAAAAGGAAUUACACUUACAUGGAAGUUGUUCGAGCUUACCUCGGUGGUAGGAAAGUGCAGCUCUGUGGAGUGGCACAGUAUGGAAAUCUGAUUGGGAUUACUGUUGGUUACACCAUCACUGCUUCUAUUAGUUUGGUAGCCGUCGGGAAAGCGAACUGUUUCCACGAUAAAGGGCACGAUGCGGAUUGCGCAGCAUCGAAUUAUCCGUAUAUGGCGGCCUUUGGGAUCAUUCAGGUUAUUCUUAGCCAGAUCCCAAAUUUUCACAAGCUCUCUUUUCUUUCCAUUAUGGCUGCGGUCAUGUCCUUCACUUAUGCAACUAUUGGAAUUGGUCUAGCCAUUGCGACCGUCGCAGGUGGGAAAGUGGGUAAGACGAGUAUGACGGGUACAGCGGUUGGAGUUGAUGUAACCGCAGCUCAGAAGAUAUGGAGAUCGUUCCAAGCGGUUGGGGACAUCGCGUUCGCCUAUGCUUACGCGACUGUUCUCAUCGAGAUUCAGGAUACACUAAGAUCUAGCCCAGCUGAGAACAAAGCCAUGAAAAGAGCAAGUCUUGUGGGAGUAUCAACAACCACAUUUUUCUACAUCUUAUGUGGAUGCCUCGGCUAUGCUGCAUUUGGAAACAAUGCCCCUGGAGAUUUCCUCACGGAUUUCGGAUUUUUUGAGCCCUAUUGGCUCAUUGACUUUGCAAACGCUUGCAUUGCUGCCCACCUUAUUGGUGCCUAUCAGGUGUUCGCGCAGCCCAUCUUCCAGUUUGUUGAGAAAAAAUGCAAAAAAAACUAUCCGGACAACAAGUUCAUCAAUGCUGAAUAUUCAGUAAACGUACCAUUACUUGGAAAAUUCAACAUCAGCUUCUUUAGACUGGUGUGGAGGACAGCUUAUGUGGUUUUAACCACUGUGGUAGCUAUGAUCUUCCCUUUCUUCAACGCGAUUUUGGGUCUUAUCGGAGCAGCUUCCUUCUGGCCUUUAACAGUUUAUUUCCCUGUGGAGAUGCACAUUGCACAGACCAAGAUCAAGAAGUACUCUGCUAGAUGGAUCGCUCUAAAAAUGAUGUGCUAUGUUUGCUUGAUCGUCUCACUCUUAGCUGCGGCUGGAUCCAUCGCAGGACUGAUAAGUAGUGUCAAGACAUACAAGCCCUUCCGGACCAUCCAUGAGUGAGUUUGUUAACCAUGAGAGAGUCCUCAAGAGAGUAAAAAAUAUAUGUAGUAGUUUGGUCUUUCUUUUGUUAAUCUAUUUUGGUGUCUAAAUCCAAUGAAAAUACUUUAUUUCUAAUGAAACUACAUCAAUCUCUCUGUAUCUACAGCUUUCAAUCUAAUACAUAUGAGCCUGUCACAGCUCUUGCAAA